AAGGCGGGCGCCGGGACGUGCUGGAGCCGCCUGUCAUGUUGGUGGAGCUGCUCUUCCAGGCUGCCUGUGUGUCCCUGUUCCUCUCCAGCGGCCAGGGCAGGGUGUAUCCCGCGAGGAAGAAGCCGGCCAGCUUUGCCGUUGAGAGGCGGCGCGUGGGGCCCCACAUCUGCUUCCCAGGCUCCAGCAGCGGAUGUUGUCCCGGCUGGAUGGUGUCCCCGGGCAGCGGGAAGUGCACCCUGCCGCUCUGCUCCUUCGGCUGUGGUGGUGGUUCCUGCAUCGCUCCCAACCUUUGCAUGUGCCCGGAUGGAGAGCAGGGAAUCACCUGCCCAGAACCUCCGGGAACAUGCGGAGAGUACGGCUGCGACCUGUCCUGUAACCACGGUGGCUGCCAGGAGGUUGCCCGUGUGUGUCCCGUUGGCUUCUCCAUGGCCGAGACGGCCAACGGCGUCCGCUGCACCGACAUCGAUGAGUGCCAGAGCGCGGCCUGCGAGGGGACGUGCGUGAACACGGAGGGCGGAUUCACCUGCGAGUGCGGAGCCGGCCGGGAGCUCUCUGCUGACCGCCGCAGCUGCCGGGACACGGAUGAAUGCCUGGCCACGCCGUGCCAGCACCGCUGCGAGAACAGCAUGGGCAGCUAUCGCUGCUCCUGCCGGCCUGGAUACCACCUCCAUGGGAAUCGGCAUUCCUGCGUGGAUGUGGACGAGUGCCGGUGGCCUGGCGCACGCCGCUCCUGCCAGCACAGCUGCCACAACAUUCCCGGCAGCUUCCGCUGCUCCUGCCGCCCCGGAUACCGGCUCAGCGCGGACAGGGUGUCCUGUGAAGGGUACCCUAAAUCUAUCCUGGCCCCGUCACCCAUCCUGCAAUCCCUGCAGCAUCCACCCACCCUUGUCCUGCUCCCUCCUGGCUCCCAUCUGCUCCCGAGGGGCUCCCCCUCUCCCCACCUCCCUGUGGCAGCUCCUGGUACCCAAUUCCCGCCCUCCUCCCCAUCCCUGUCCCCUGAGCCGUCCCCACAUGCCAUGGGAGCCCCCAGCACCUCCAUCCCACCAUCCCAUCAUUGUUGGCACCGGGGGAUCCCUCGGGAGCCCGGCGCUCGCUGGACAGAGCUGGGAUGCCAGAGCUGCACCUGCCAGGGGGGACGAGUCCUCUGUGACACUGUGAGCUGCUCCGUUCCCUGCUCCCACCCGCUUCCCGCUCCAGCUGGGGGCUGCUGCCCCACCUGCACGGGGUGCCUGCACAAGGGGGUGGCCAGGGCCGAGGGCGAUGUCUUCUCCCCAUCUGAUGGGAAUUGCACCAUCUGUGUCUGCUUGGCCGGGAAUGUCUCCUGCCUCUCCACAGAAUGCCCCUCAGGAUCCUGCCCCAGUCCCUCUCUGGCUGACUGCUGCUCCUGCAAUCCAGAUAAGUGCAAUUUCCAGGGACGCACAUAUGCACACGGAGCCCGGUUCAGCUUGGAUGGGGACGACUGCACCACCUGUGUCUGCCAGGGAGGAGAGGUGGAAUGUUCCUUCACUCCCUGCCCCGUGCUGGAUUGUCCCCAGCACCAGCGGCACCUGGGUCCUGGGCAGUGCUGCUCCACCUGCCGGGACCCUCCGGCCCCCACUGGUUGCUUCCUGGAUGACAAUGGCGUGGAGUUUCCCGUUGGACAGAUCUGGUCUCCAGGCGAUCCCUGUGAGUUAUGCAUCUGCCAGGCAGACGGCUCCGUGAGCUGCCAGCGCACGGAUUGUGUGGAGACGUGUCCUUAUCCCAUCCGCAUUCCCGGGCAGUGCUGCCCCGACUGCUCUGCAGGCUGCACCUACAUGGGGAGGAUCUUUUCCAACAACGAGACCUUCCCGUCGGCGCUGGAUCCCUGCCUGAGCUGCAUCUGCCUGCUGGGCUCGGUAGCCUGCUCGCCUCUGGAAUGUGCCAUCGUGUGCUCCUACCCCUUCCACCCCGAGGGUCGGUGCUGCCCCGUCUGUGAGGACUGCAACUACCAGGGCAGGAAGGUGGAGAACGGCCAGAGCUUCAUUCCUGAGGGACAGCCCUGUACCCGCUGCACCUGCCAGCUUGGAGAGGUGAGCUGUGAGGAGAGGCCGUGUCCCCGCUCCUGCUCUGAGCCCCACACACUGCCCAUGGGCUGCUGCCCAUCCUGCCCAGCCACAGACAUCCGGCUUCUGCUGCAGGGCAGUGACCUGUCCCCAUCCUCAUCCCUGUCCCCAUCCUCAUCCCUGUCCCCA